AAAUGCAAAGCGCAGCAAUCGAAUGCAAUGUUAAUGAACUUGUAAAGAUUUGUACUUUUCAUUCUUCUCAACAAACUAAUUCGCAUCAUUUUUUAACAAUGUCAAAUCAAUUACGCGUUGGAGUCCUCACAAUCAGCGACACUGCAUCCGUGGAUCCUGCAUCUGACACCAGUGGACCAUCUCUUUGCCGUCUGCUCGAAGCGGAGCCUAGAUAUACAAUUCAGAUGACAGCAUGCGUGCCUGAUGACUUCAAGGCUAUUCAGAAAACUGUCACCGCCUGGUGCGACGACCUCGAUCUGCACCUAGUCCUCACCACUGGUGGAACAGGCUUUGGCAUUCGCGAUUGCACUCCAGAGGCUGUUUUACCACUUAUUGAGAGGCAAACACCUGGAAUUACGCAUCUCAUCUUUUCCAAAUCCAUCCCCAUCACGCCUUUCGCGGCCCUGAGCAGAGCUGUGUCAGGCAUCCGCGGCCAGACCCUAAUCUUGACAUUCCCUGGAAGUCCAAAGGCGGUUAAAGAAAACUUUGAGGCAGUUGCAAAGAUACUGCCUCAUGCUAUUGAUCUUGCUCGUGGAGGAACAGGAAAAAAGGUACAUGAAAAGAUGCAGGGUGGACCACGACCAUCGGGCAUUGCCUCUGAAAGCAGUAAUAGUAUAAGAACAGAGCAUUCGCAUGGACAUAGCCACGGACACACUUGCUUCCACCACAGUGACAGGGAAGCUAGGACAGAUGCUGGAUCGCUUGAACUGGGCACGCCAGUACCUAAAAGGCUCCGCAAAUCACCAUAUCCACUUAUUCCAAUGGAUCAAGCGCUGGCAGCUGUCAUGGAUCGAAUUACACCCCUAUCCUCGACCGAAAAGCCUGUCGAUGAAUCAUUGAUCGGUGCAGUAUUAGAUGAGGAUGUAAUCGCUGUUGAAGCUGUCCCGGGGUACCGAGCAUCAAUUCUGGAUGGUUAUGCAGUAAUUGACACGGAUGGUCCGGGACAGUACCCAGUCACUGCGGUAUCCAUUGCAACAGCAGCAUCGGAUGGAACUACAAAACUUCUUCCAGGGCAGAUUGCUAGAAUUACAACUGGAGGUGCAGUGCCCGAGGGGGCUACAGCGGUGGUCAUGGUUGAAGAUACCAAACUGAUCAAGACAUCCGAGGAUGGUACGAAGGAAGAGAUCGUAGAGAUUUUGACCAAGGUGCGCAAAGGAGAAGCUAUUCGUGAGAUCGGAUCUGAUAUACGAAUUGGCCAAGCAGUUCUCAAGAAGGGACAAGUUAUCUCCGCUGUAGGCGGAGAAAUUGGUGUGCUUACCUCAAUUGGUGUCCGGAAGGUGCUUGUGAAACAACAGCCUGUGGUUGGUUUCUUGUCUACUGGAAAUGAGGUGGUAAAUCAUGAUAAUGAACAGCCAUUGAAGAUGGGGCAGAUCCGCGAUAGUAAUAGACCAACCCUUAUUGCCGCAACAAAGGCUGCAGGAUUCGAAUAUCUCGAUCUCGGCAUUGCUCCUGAUAGCCCUGAAGAGCUUGAGGCUUCAAUCAAGAAAGGAUUGGACAGAUGUAACAUUUUGGUCACAACUGGAGGCGUUUCUAUGGGAGAGAUGGAUCUCUUGAAGCCUAUUCUCGAACAAAAGCUUGGAGCAACCAUCCAUUUUGGUCGUAUCAUGAUGAAACCAGGCAAACCAACUACAUUCGCAACAAUCCCUAGUCCAAAUGGCGGGCAGCCAAGGCUCAUGUUUGGUUUACCAGGUAAUCCAGUUUCAGCUACAGUUACUUUCCAUCUGUUUGUAUUACCAGCUCUUCGAAAGCUCGCCGGUUACGAGAAUUAUAUGUGGCCCAGUAUCCAAGCAGAGAUCACGCAUGAUAUUCGAUUGGAUGAGAGACCAGAAUACCAACGCGCUACUGUCAUGGUCACACCUGAAGGGCAUAUUAGAGUCCAAUCUACGGAUAAGAACCAAAUGAGCAGUCGCAUGGUGACUAUGCUCGGUGCUAACAGCCUGAUGGUCCUUCCCGGAAGGACUGCCGAGCGAGCAAGCUUAGAAUUAGGACAAAAGGUUGAAUGUCUAUUAAUUGGCAAGCUUAUGUGAAGCCACCAUGAACAUGGCUUGUGAAUUAUAAAACAACAACAAAAAUAAAAAGAGCAUCCCUCGGCC